UAGUAAAAAUUCGUUAGCACGAUGGCAAGAUAUUACCAAGCCAGCACCACACGGUACAACUUAUCAUUACCAGUUUGGUAGAGUCAUAUACUUGUGCUUUUCGAAAUUAUUUCGGGUCCAAGGUCUAACUUUGAUCGCAAAGAUGAGACCCAGCAUGGCCUUUGGUCAAGGGGAAAAAGUGUCCAUCACAACAAAAUCCAUCCUGGAAAUGAUUACCGAGCAGUGGCACAACUCUGGUGGAAAGACCGCUGUGCAAGAAGGACAUCGAAGGGUCAGUUAUACCGCACUUUUGGCAAUAUCGAGCAAAAUCUCGUCUUUAAUCCUGGAAUCCAGAAAUUCCUCCGACUUUGUAAUCAUCCUACUUCCCGCUGGGUACAAAUUCAUUGCGGCUGAAAUAGCGACUUGGUCAGCUAACCGGACCCCCAUCCCGGUUGACGCCAGCCUUCCCAAGUCGAGAAUACACACGAUAAUUCAAAACCAUGUCGACCCUUUGGUCAUUACGGAUCCCUGCAUUUCCCAGCGCCUUAACCUAGCCGGCACUUGUAAAGCGUUGAUUAUUUUACCAGAAGGCUUUGAAUUUACCGCGGAAGCGAUUAGGGUAAAGCAAGACAUUAAGAGGAGAAUCAAUCCAAUCUCGUUAUGCAUUUAUACCUCGGGAUCAACCGGAACCCCGAAGGGGGUCCUCAUGCGGGACGACUCCUUGGUUAAUUUCGUCCACUGGAAUCUCCGUCAUUACGGCGAGGCUGUCCUGAAGAGGUCGCUGUUCUUCUCGUCUCCCGGAUUUGAUAUGGCUUUCACUCAAACGAUCCCGCCCCUCUGCGCCGGGGGCACGGUGGUCAUCCUCCCGGGUGAAUUGAGACGGGAUAUCGAGGCGCUGGAGGAAUUUGUCCGCCUCAAUGAAAUAACUUUCCUCUGCCUUCCGGCCAUCGUGGGGGUACGUUUCUUGACCAGGUGGAACUUAACGGGGGGUGAGGGGAGGAGUGCCUUGAAAAUUUUAAUGUUUGCGGGGGAACGUGUCGCGCAGGUGGAUGGGAUGCAACUCUCGGAAAAAUUGGGGUUUUGCGUGGAAAACCAUUACGGCCUCACGGAGGGGACGAUUGGUCAAACGUUCAUCCAGUACAGGCCGGGCGACGUUAUGUCUCUCUCGGUGGGGCGGCCCAUUCAAAACAUGAAGGUUUGCGUAGUGCGGGAAAACGGAGUGGAAUGCGACGUCCUGGAGGAGGGGGACGUUUUUAUAGGGGGCAUUGGCGUGUGUGAGUAUUACGAUGGGGCAAGUGAAAGGUGGAGAGGGAUGUUGAGGACGCAUGAUCGGGGGUUUUGGAGGGGGGAUGGGACCCUGGAAGUGUGUGGGAGGGAGGGUGAUAUUGUUAAAAUUUCUGGAUGCCGAGUUUCCGUAGCGGAGGUGGACAACGUGCUAGCAAAAUCUCCCGGAAUUUUCCAAAGCACCAUCGUCCCCUACAACGGGAGGCUGGUGGCGUUUAUCCUGUCCAAAGGAGAAACGACCGAGAAAAAGACCAUUUUCCAAUUUUUGCGGAAACACCUCCCAAAGUCUGCCGUUCCUAGUAGUAUUAAAUACCUUGCCGAGUUUCCACUAACAAAGAGUGGGAAAAUUGACAAGCACGAGCUUAUCAGGUUCUUGAGAGCCAAUCAAAGUCAAUGUCAGCAGGGGAUGGCUGAAAUAGAAAUAAAAAUGGCUCAGCUUUGGGCAAAAGUUUUGAACAUCAAUAAUCCCGAACGGAUAAAUCCAUGCACGUCAUUCAACGAAAUUGGCGGAGACUCGGUGUCAGCCAUGAUGUUGUUGAAUGAGUUAAAACUGCCGCCAUGGAAUUUAAAUAUAACGUUCUCACAAUUUCUGGACGCCGUUUCGCUAAGAGAAUUAUGCACAUCCGUUUCAAAGAUGACGAUUAACGAUUGUAGGGCUUUGGACCUGAGGAAGGAAGUUGAUGAAAUGAUGGAAAGUCUGGAAUUCUCUAAUCAGCAGAUCGGCAAGGUCGAACAGGGUCAGGAUAUCCUCUUAACCGGAGCGACCGGCUACUUCACCCCGUUUCUCCUGAAAGAAUUGUCCACCACCUUUGCCCAACGCGCCACCUCCACCCACCCCAUCAAGUUGUACUGCCUUAUCCGCGGUGACAACUUCCCCGCCGUUUAUUCCCGACUGGAACAAAAACUCUUAGAACUCGGCCUAGGAACGAUUUCUUCCUUGGAGUCGGAGAACCUUCAAAUCAUCCCCGUCCCCGGAGACUUUUCCCAACCCUGCCUCGGAUUGGACACGUCAACCUUCGCCAUGCUGUCUUCCAGUGUCACGCUCGUGUACCACUGUGGUGCAGAGACCCACCAGUACAAACCUUAUCACUCUUUGAAACCCAGUAAUGUCCUCGGAAUGCGAAAUAUCCUCCAAUUCUGCCUAGACGGAGGUUCAAAUCGGGUACUCCACUACAUCUCGACCCUGUCUGUGCUCGAGGCUAACCCGGUCUUGGAAACCGAGUUGACCUGGACAGGCCCCCUGGCGGGGAAUGGGUACAGCCAGAGCAAAUGGGUCGCGGAGAAACUACUGUCCCAAGUCCAACGCCGAACCGCUCUAUCUGCCGCGAUCUAUCGGCUCGGAAGUGUGGGCAUUAGCAGCACUAAUGACGCGGUACAGAUGAACGCGCUAGACAUUUUCUACCUCGUCAAUCGCGCCUGCCUGGGGAUGAAGGUAUACCCGAGGGAACUGGAAUGGCCGCCCUACUCGGAGGUGGAUCGGGUUGCGGCUGCCGUAGCGUUUAUUUCGACUAGCUGUAACGAGGGCAGGAUUUAUCACCUUGGGAAACACCUGAAGGGAGGAAUGAGCGCAGAGAUGGAAAAGUUUGGCGCAAUCGGGGUCCCCUUGAAGGUGUGGAUGGAGAGCCUGGCCCAGCUUGUGGGGGACCGGGGACUUCCCGCGAAAAAAGGGAAUUCUACUGAUAUGUAUGGCGCGUUCUUAGCUUUGGAAUGGUUUUCAGCCCGAUUGCAAGACUUUAAGGGCAAUUAUACGAGAUUUAAGGAAAUUAUUAAUCCAUUGUUGAGUACACGGAAUGCGGAUGACGCCUUAGUUGGGAGUGAGGUUAGGUUGGAGUUGUACACUGAGCAGGUCAAAAAUUAUUUAGAAUUUUGUGGUAGAAAUCUAAAUAUUAGGUAAGAGUAGAUUGGAUUAUAAUCGGUGUGAAAAUUCACACUUUCUAUUGGCAUUUAAAACUUGCCAUACUUUUGUUCACGUGAUGAAACAUAUACAUUUACAUAUUCGAAUUUACUUCACAGAUGUACACAUAUUGAUACAAACAUAUUUGCAUACACUCUUAAAAAUCCGGUAUAGUCACGCAGGUAUUGAUUUCUCGGUAUAAAAGUUACUACCGCGUGGUAUUAAAAUUAUACCGCUCCGUAAAAAUUUGAUACCGAUAUUGGAAAUCUUUAAUACCGGGUUAUUACUACACGGUAUUAUGUAUCAAUACCACGCUGGUAGAGUCAUAUAUGAAUACCGCGUGGUAUUAUUUUAAUACUGGAUUUCUAAGAAUGUAUUGCAUAAAUGCAAUAAAGCAAAUUUGCUUUAAUUAGGGGACCCUGCAUCCUUAACCUGACUUUUCAAGCAUCAACUUCCUAAUACAAAUUUAGAUUUAAAUUGUGGACCUUGACAAUUAAUUGGACCUUGACCAUCUCGACUAUAUAUAGUACAACAUCAAGCUAAAUGUAAGUACAUAUGUAAGUCUAAGUUUUUUAUAAAAUAAUAUAAAUCCAAAGUUUCACUUUCACCAAAAAAUUAGAUUCAGUACAAUUCUUAUUUAUUGUCAUAAAUUCAGCAAUUAUUCUCGUCAUCAAAAUACUGUGAGAUCCUAUAUUUCUACUGAACCAUCGGGUAUAAUGGAUCGAAUCACCUCAAAUACAAGUUACCUUGCCAUACUGGUUGUAGUCGUUUGUAAAUAUUAAAAUAGUGACAUUUAGUAUCUAAAUUGCACAGAAUUCCAGAAUACCCGUUUACUUAUACAAAACCACAAAAUUGAUCGACAUAUCGAUCACAAUUUUCAUAAUUAUUAACAAAUUCUCGGCCGUUAUGACAAAAACUGUGUAACCGUUCACCCCCAUUGAAACCGUUGUCCUCCUCAACCCCCAAAUCUGACUCAUUUUAACGCUCCUUCUGACACUCGUCCUCUCCAGUUCGCCUACCGAGGCCGCAAACCUGGUUAAAAUGUCACCCGAAGCCUUAUGACAUUUCGAUGCGAAACAUAAGAAAACGACCAACAUGAAGCACCCGAACAGAGCGACGUCCACCAAGAUGAAGGUGAACACUAAGGGAAGCUUGUUCCCCAAAUAGAUCACCGUGGCCAAACUGGUGGUGUACAUUAGUGACGUUGCGCACAACCCGAUGGUGACGAAGAGCCUGACAAAAUCGUACAGGAUACCAUUUACGAUAAGCAAGACGGAAUAACGGGACAAUUGUUGGUCUAGUAAAUACAUACAAAUUUCAUGCAUUUUUCGUAAACACUUACAUAUCCACCCUCUGAUACACAUAUACAGAAAACACCACAACUGCUAAAUUAUUUCGCCUUUUAAAAUAAACAAACGUAUUUACUUACGAAAUGUCCGGGUAGAAUUAAUUUCUCCGAGUUACAUAAAAAACUAGUCCGGAAACGACAAUUUUAAAGACAGAAAACUAGAUAAAUAAUUCAGCCAAAAAAUAAUCAACUGAACAUAAGUGCUAAAUACAACACACAAGUUAUCAAAUGCUUAUUUUUCUUGAUGGAAUUGGUAUAAAAGUUUUAUUUCUAAUCAAAAUUUCAAUGUACAAUUUCAAUUAAUGAGCAAAUUUUUGUACAAGCGUAAAGUGAAAGGUUCAACGUUUUUAGAUCAGUUAUUUCGUAAAAAUAGGCUAGACAGUAACUGAUAUUCUAACCGACAAACACAAAUAUUUUGACAUA